AUGAACGUGGAGACAGUGGUGUCAGAGGGGGGAAUCGAGGCGCUGGUUCCCUACCUGGCUUUGGCUCCAGAGACACUGGAUCGACCGGAUGAAGACUGGACUGGAUGGACCGCUGACGAAGCUGCAAAAGAGGCCUGCUUCAUACUCGGCCUCCUUGCCACAAAGACCGAAUUCCAGCAGCGUAUUGCCGACUCCGGCACACUUGCAGAGCUCAUCGUGCUACUCAAGCUGCAUCAGUCCUCACCUCCCCCUGGCUCACUGCACAACCCUGUCAAGAGCGCUGGCGUCGCGCGGAGGGCAGCAGACGCCAUAACCAAUUUGGCCCAUGAGAAUGUGUAUGUGAAGAACUUUGUGCGGCAGAUGGGGGGCAUCUCGCCUUUGGUAGCGCUGCUGGAGUCCUGGGACGUGAAAGUGCAGCGGGCGGCAGCCGGCGCUCUGCGCACACUGGCGUUCAAGACAGAGGAGAACAAGGCCGAGAUCGUCCAGAAUGGUGCUCUGGAGUUGUUGAUAAGGAUGCUGUCGUCUGAGGAGGCAGGGGUUCGCUAUGAGGCAGUUGGGGUGAUAGGCAACUUGGUGCACUCAUCGGGGCACAUAAAGAGGCAGGUCCUUGAGGCUGGUGCCCUGCAACCAGUGAUCGGCCUCCUGAGCUCCCCCUGCAACGAGAGCCAGAGGGAAGCUGCGCUACUGCUGGGCCAGUUUGCGACUGCGGACCCAGAUUACAAGGUCAAGAUCGUGCAAAGGGGCGCCGUGCCCCCCCUCAUCAACAUGCUCACAUCCAACGACACCCAGCUGAGGGAGAUGGCGGCAUUUGCGUUGGGCCGCCUGGCCCAAAACGCAGACAACCAGGCAGGUAUACUGCACUCCAACGGCCUGAAACCCCUGCUGGAGCUCCUGGAGUCGCGCAACUCGAGCCUGCAACACAAUGCAGCAUUUGCGCUGUAUGGGCUGGCAGACAACGAGGACAACGUAUGCGAGAUCAUCAAGGAGGGGGGCUACAGCCGGCUCAUCAACGCCGACCUGAUUGUGCAGGCCUCAAAGGACUGCGUUCAGAAGACCAUCAAGCGCCUGGAGGAGAAGCUGCACGGCCGCGUGCUGGGCCAGCUGCUGUACCAGAUGCGCUCCCCAGUGCCCCUCAUCCAGCAGCGCAUCGCUGCCUCCCUCGCCCGCCUCGCCCCCCCCAACUCCCUCAAGCUCAUCUUCCUUGACCACAAGGGCCUGGAUGUGCUGCUGGACAUGCUGAUGCAGGGCCAGGAUGACAACUACGUUCCCAGCGAGGCGGCAUCCUCACUGUUCGAGCUGGCCACCAAGAUUCGGAACACCGCCCCAAUGGACGCUGCCCCGGACCAGCCAGGCAAGUCAGUGUACCUGGGUGAGCAGUACGUCAACAACCCCACCCUUGCUGAUGUCACAUUCUUAGUUGAGGGCCGCAAGUUCUACGCCCACCGCAUCGCCCUGCUGGCCUCGUCUGACGCUUUCAGGGCCAUGUUCAACAGUGGGUACAAGGAGAAGGAGGCACGCCACAUCGAGAUACCUAACAUCGGCUGGUCGGUCUUCGAGGCCAUGAUGCAGUACACCUACACUGGGCAGGUGGAGGUGACGGAAGACAUAGCCCAGGAGCUGCUGCGGGCGGCCGACCAGUAUCUGCUGGAGGGGCUCAAGGGACUGUGCGAGGAGGCCAUUUCAGACUCCAUCAACGUGGAGAACUUGGCGCGGAUAUACAGCCUGUCGGAGGCGUACUCCGCGCCGCAGCUGGGCAUUCGGUGUGUCCUGUUUGCGUUGGAGGACUGUGAGCAGUUGGUGGCAAAUUUGGGGCAGCCGGAGUACUUUGCCCUGAUGGAGAGGAUGGUCCCCCAGUUGAGGGCGUCACUGACUGACCAGUUGUUGGCGAGCGAGGAAGAAGCCCAGAUGGCCAACGGAACGCUGGACUAG